CAAGGGCGAGGAGAGCAAGGAAAAGGGGAGAAUGCAUGCAACACCACCGCCUACGCCGCCUAUGACGCCGCGGAGCAUUCAGCAUGCGCUCCGUGCGCGGGCGUCGGCAGGAGCGUCCAAGGUCAGGGCAAGCGCCUCGUCGGUGGUUCGGACCACGCUCUCUGUCCUCCAGCACUCGCUCUCUCUCUCGGAUCGCAUUGUUCAUUGGCUCAUUCAGUCUCGUCUGGCAAGCCGUCUCCUCCUUCCCCGCAACUGGCUCGCUAUCACCUGCCUCCUGAUCUUGCCCUACGUGGCUUACCUUGCUCCGUCGUCUCAGCCUGGUUGGGCUCCCCUGACUCUCAAGGUCGGCCUCACUUCGCUCGCGCUAUGGCUGGCAGGCCAGCUCCUUGCUACGCUGACCUCGAUCUAUGUUGCCCGCCGUUGGGUCUUCAUCCCCAGGCCCACCAAGGGCGCUCCGCUCACCAGCGAGCCGCUGGUCAUGGUUCGUCGUAACGCCACCCGCAAGUCAUGGUCGCCGAACCGGCUCAAGCCGCCGCAGGUCCUUCGAUGGGACAUUCUCGGCGUGGGUAUGUCGUUUAUGUUUGGCAAGAUCACCGCUAUUCCGCUCUGGCGCCCGCUCCGGGCCCCGAUCUUCAGCGCAUGGGCCAAGCUCUUCCACGCCAAAGUCGACGAGGCCGAGCACGCGCUCGACCACUACGCCUCGUUGCAAGAUUUUUUCACCCGCGCGCUCAAGCCCGGCCUCCGCCCUGUGGCCGACUCGAUCCUCACCUCGCCCGUCGACGGCACAGUGGUGGUGGUCGGCCCGGUCGAGUCGGACCGCGUCGAGCAAGUCAAGGGCGUCACGUACUCGCUGACCCAGUUUCUCGGACAGGACUCGGCGACCCUUAUCGACUCGGCGUCGCUCCCGCGUGAGGCCGAUGCCCAUGACGACGCCCCGGGCCUCCCGCGCGAGGUUCUCGACGCACAGCGAGUCAACGACGACGACAUUGCGCAGGAGGCGCUCGAGCUCCUCUCGCACUCGGACGGCUACGACUCGGCGUCAUCACUGCUCUCGCUCACCUCGCACCCUGUCGAGUCGCUCCUCACCGUCAUUCCCGAGUCUGAAAUCACACUCGAGUCGCAGUCGGAGUUGCGGAUGCGGUCGCGCGGGCCGUCGGCGCAGGCCGGCGACAACGGGCCCCGCGCCGGCUCGCCAGCCUUUGCUGGACCGGCCGGUGUCGACAGUGGGCUCGGCAUCGCGCCCGAGCCCGACCUCUCCGAGCCAACGACUCGGCUGUAUCACAUGGUCAUGUACCUCGCGCCUGGUGACUACCAUCGGGUUCACUCGCCGGCCAACGUUAACUUUGACACGCUCCGGCACUUUCCGGGCACCCUCUUCCCCAUCUCGCCGAUUGUGGCGCGACUCAUUCCGGACCUCUUUUCGCUCAACGAGCGCACUCUUGUUGGCGCCUACAACGUCGGCUCCAUCCAGAUCAACUUUGACUCGCAGACCAAGACCAACCGGCUGCUCCGCGACUUCCGCUGCCCCAACCUCGAGCUCUUCUCCUUUGGUGGCGUCGGCUGCUUUGCCUACAACCGCAACUAUGAGAAGCCGAUCGAACUCGCAAAGGGCGAGGAGCUGGGUCUCUUCAACCUUGGCUCCACCGUCGUUCUCGUCUUUGAAGCUCCUCUCGACUUUGAGUUCACCGUCGGCCCCGGCGACAAGGUCCGCAUGGGCCAGGCCAUCGGCCGCGUCUGA